CCAGGCAUAGGGUGAUCCCCCAGCAUGACAGGAUGCUGGGCUUGGUGGGCCUGGCCAUGACGUGGCACCGUGUGAGGGGGACUGUGCACUGAUGUGCAGGACUCCUUUGUUAGUGACAGUCAGACAGGCAGGCAGUGUGUGCAGAGCAGGCGGCCGGCCCUGCCCUCUCCCCUCGCCUGAGACUAGUGACUGAAUGCCGGCCCAUCUUGUGGGGGAGGGUGCACAGCCCUCUCAGGCUCAUUCUUCCCCCUGCUAGUCAUAUGCAUAGCACACAGACAUGCUGAGGAGAAAGGAGGCGGUGAGAGGCUCAUCCUGCACAUAGCACCUCCAGUCCCCGGCCCUGCUCCAGCCUCCUCCCUGGAUGCAUGCUCCAGACCUGCCUCCUCUGGAGCAUCCCUUACCCAUCUGGAUCCCGGGACUGCUGUGCCUGCACAUGGCAAUGUCUCUAUUGCAGCAGCUGUGGCAGCAGAAAGAUGUCGUCAUUACUUUUGUUUUGCCUCUCCUGCUCCUUCCUCUGCCCCUGGUAGCACAGAGCAAGGAAGCAGCAUGUGCUUAUAUAUUGCUGGUCACCGCCACGUACUGGAUCUCAGAGGCCAUUCCCCUGGGUGCUGCAGCGCUGGUUCCUGCAUUUAUGUUUCCACUGUUCGGCAUCCUGAAAUCCAGUGAGGUGGCAUCGGAAUACUUCAAAGACAUCCACUUACUGCUGUUUGGUGUUGUUUGUCUGGCAACUUCUAUACAGAAGUGGAAUUUACACAAGCGAAUAGCACUUUGGAUGGUGCUGUCUGUGGGAAGCCAACCCAGCUGGCUCUUACUGGGAUUUAUGAGCUGCACCUCCUUGUUAUCCAUGUGGCUAAGCAAUACAUCUACAGCCGCUAUGGUGAUGCCAAUUGUGGAUGCCGUGCUGUGCCAACUAAAUAGCGCUACACCCGAGGAGAGGGCCUUAACCAACACCAAGCCGAGCCCCCCGCCAAACAAUGAAGACGCUACAAAAAUCGAUCUAGCAUCGUUUCCUGAAAGCAAUAAUAUUUUGGAUAAUGGCAUCGUAAACACUGAAGAAAAUGAGGAGGAACCAACAUUUGAAAGGCGGAGAUAUUCAAAACAGAGCAAGUCCGGCCGCUUCUACAGGACGAAACGCGAUCACAUGAUGUGCAAGGCUUUCUCCCUGGGCAUCGCGUACUCGUCUACUAUUGGAGGAAUGGCCACACUCACCGGGACCUCCACUAACCUCAUAUUUAUUGAGCAGUUUGAAACGCGUUACCCUGGAUGCCAGUUUGUGAAUUUUGGAUCCUGGAUCGCCUUCUCAUUUCCCAUUGCCUUCAUCAUCUUGAUAUUUUCUUGGAUGUGGAUCAACUGGCUUUUCCUGGGUUUUAGUCUCAAAGAACUACAGUGCUGGCGAAAGUCCAAGUCUCCAACUGAUGAGGACUCCAGAAAUAUUUUGAAACAAGAAUAUGAGAAGUUGGGGUCUCUGAGUUAUCAGGAGGUUGUGACACUUGCAAUAUUCCUAUUGAUGGCCUUGUCGUGGUUUACUCGGGACCCUGGAUUUAUCCCAGGUUGGGAUUCACUGUUUGGACUGAAAGGUUACAAAUCUGAUGCUACUUCAGCUAUUCUCUUCGGCUUUUUAUUAUUUAUUAUACCUGGAAGGAAGCCCAGCUGGCUGCGCUGUAGAUCAAAGGGAAAGUCCCGAGUAUCCCCGGUGGUGGAGAACACACCGAUGAUCACCUGGAAGGAGUUUGAAGAGUGUAUACCUUGGCAUAUCGUCAUCUUGGUUGGAGGUGGUUUUGCUCUGGCUAAGGGAUGUGAAGUCUCUGGGCUUUCAACAUGGGUUGGGCAGAAGAUGGAGCCUCUCAGCAGUCUGCCGGUCUGGGUGAUUGUACUGAUCGUCUGUCUGAUGGUGACAUCUGUUACCGAGGUGGCGAGCAACCCGGCCACCAUCACCAUAUUCCAACCCAUCCUUUCCUCACUGGCUGAAGGCAUCGGAGUAAAUCCGCUUCUGGUCAUCAUCCCAGCUACAAUAAGUGCUUCCUGCGCUUUCCUUUUACCUGUUGCCAAUCCUCCAAACGCGAUCGUGUUUUCCUACGGUCACCUGACUGUGCCAGACAUGAUGAAAGCAGGACUUGGGACAAAUCUGAUCAGCAUGAUUACAUUAUGGUUUGGACUUUAUACUUGGGGAAUCCCCAUGUUUGACCUGAACACGUUUCCGGUCUGGGCAUCACACAACACAUCAGCAUCACCAUGACAGACUUUUGUAUCUAGACUUGUAAUGUGAUGACAGCAAAUUCAGACUGACUCUUCGGCACCUUCAUGGCCAACCUAUGUUCUCCAAAUGACGUUACACGGAGCGCAGCUUCUUACUAACCAAGCUUCAUGAGAAUUAGGCAGGUGGAGCGCACAGGCUGGCUAUGGUUUAGGAAGACCUAUCGAUGAACCAUUAAUAGGUAAAUCAGGGAGAGGUUAGAAAUUGGGUACAAACAAAAUAAAAGAACACAUGUGCAGCAUCAUAUGCGCUGCUCCGGCAGGUAUGUACUACUUAAAAGUUCAAGAAAAAAAAAUCGAUAAUGGAUAUAUAGUUGCUGUGGCCACAGAGGGGCUUAAUGGUACCCCAUGUCCUUUUGUUACCGUUGGUGAAGUAUGUUGGUUAGGGCACCACGCCUCUCUUUGGUCUAUAAAUCCCUCCGUUCUUUUAUCUUGAGCCUCAUUAUCAUUGACCAUUCCCGGUAACUUCUAUCACUUGCCAAGAAUGUUAGAAGUUUUUAAUAUAUCAAUUCAUCCAUAAAGAUAUGGAAAUUGUGAUACGUCUAGUAAAAACAAGUUAAUACCUUCUCCUAUAGCAAUAUUUUGAGAUGGUGUCUAUUUUAAAGGGAAAAACUUUUAUUGAGUUUCUUCUGGGCUGUUUGUUCAUAUGCAAUAGCUAAUCAGACUCCACCCACUUCUUAUACGUGCGAACGUGACCAGUGGUAGUGAUUACGGAGCCUUAUGUACCAACGUAAGAAGUCCACUCAAAGGUUUCUCAGCCCUCUUCUCACAUAACACAUGGUCUAUGUUGGGAAUUUACUUAAUCACGUGCUGGUGAAUUUAACUCACUUGGUUACUAAUUUUUCUACAUGGUAUUAAAUAUUUAUAUCGUCAAGAGGUGACCUGCUACGUUUAUUGGAGAAAAGGUUUGAUAAAUGUUGGAGUGGCAAGAGACCAAUUUGGGUUCUCAUGAGCACCAGCUCAAAUAAGGUUAAAACGAUUGUCAUGUGAAUCCCACUUACGCUCAUACUAAUUAUUGAGACAUAACACAACCUUCACAAGAAAACUCCCUGUGCAUCCUUUCGUAGUCGUUGGAAACCUAUUGAUAGCUUACUGGGCUGGGGGGGAAAAAAGAGGAAAUGUAUUUCAUGUUCUCCUGGUAGUGAAAGGGUUACAUAUAGGGUUUUGUCACAAGGGGGACAUCUUUCUCAGUAUUAUCAUCACAUCUGCUUUCUGGCCAAAUACUAUUUCUUACAGAUCAUGGACUCAUGAAAGCUUGCCAGGCUAGUGUUGUAGACUGAGUCACUGUUAAAAUGCUGGGAACAUAAUUUUGAUGGCGUUAGAAAAGUCUCUCCGUUACACGUCCUCUUCUCUCCAGCUGAUGGUUUUUAAGUAGCAAGAAAACGUCUUUCCCUUUCAAGCUGCAGCGGUUUUCCAGUUUGGUCCAGCCCCAGAAGCGUAAAGCUCAAGUUGUCCGUGUGACACAACCCUUAAUCUCUGCUCCGUUCAUGUUGGUGCUAUUGAACAUGUUUGAUUUGCUUAUUAACUGGACUUCUUUCCUACGGUACCUAAAUGCUGUACAGUGCAGGACUCACUGAUAGCUGGUAUCUCUAUGUCUAAUGGGAGGAGAUUAACACUGUAGUAUCAAGACACUAAGAUUAGUACUGCUGGGAAUGACCAUAUCCCUCUACAGGACAGGAGCAUGAUAAACUUGAAGCUGUUGCCCUGAUAUUAUAGCUUUUAUAUGCUCUUGUUGAAUUGGCAUUAAUCGCUGUCUGUGACCUGCAGCUGUGCCCACGCCCAUUGUACGUUCCUUUGGCAUGUGCUGGACAAUGCUUUUUUUUAUUUGCACAGUAGGAUAAAAUAACUGCAUUAUCACAGAUGAAUUGCACAAAGGUCAUAUUCUGUUUCUGGGAGGUUUUGUACUGUAAAUUAAGUAUCUUAUUAAAGGGGGAGACUAUCAGAGACUCCCAAGUGUUUAAUAAUAAUUUUGAAUAAAAUGCAACGAUUGUAUUAAUAA